AUGACGUUAUUCACUAGAGUUAUAAAACUACUCACGACGACUUCAAAGAAUAUAAUAAUAAUAAAUUCGAAUUCUGUUAUUAUAACAAAAUCAAAACUUACAACGAAAUUAUCAAAAUUACCUUUAAAUAAUAUUAAAUAUGGAUAUUAUUUUAAUCGCGGAUUAACAACCAAUUUAAAUAAUUAUAUGAUAUAUGAUAAUGAUAAUAUAAAUAAAGUCGAAAAUAAUAAUAUAAAUAAUAAAUUCGAUAAAAUCGAUAAUAAUAAAAUUGGUGAAAUUGAUAAAAAUAAAAUCAAGGAAGCAAAUAAAAUUUGUAAAGAAAAGAAAGAAUUUUAUGAUAAAAAUUAUACAAUUGGCUUCAUUAAUUAUGAAUUAUUGGAAGACUUUCCAGCCUGGCUCAAAGGAUUAGGAUUAAAAGCUUUGAUUCCAUGUUUCGAAGGUAUAAAUUGGAAAGAUAUUAUUGAAAUGAAUUCAACAGAUUUAAGUGAAUUAGGAAUAAAAAAUAAAAAUAUCAAAUUUACAUUAUUAAAUCAUUUUUGGAUGAUUAAACAAGAUAUGGUUACGAGUGAAGGGAUUAGAGUACCUCGUAUAGAAUUAGAUUCUAUCGAAGAAGAAGAAAAUGAUGAUGACAUUGAAAAAUUUGAAUAUGAUCAAGAUGAUCCAAAACCUUUUGCAGUUGAUCCUAGAGCUUUACAAGAUGUAGAAUAUUUAUUAUCAACGCUUGGUCUCCAAUUUGUAUUUAUUGAAUCUUUAUUCCAAGGUAAAACACCUCUUGAAAUAUUUGAAAUGACUAAAAAGGAUUUAGAAAAUAUUGGAAUUACUAGUGGUUACAUGAGAAGAAGAUGUUUGGCUACUUUUAAGAAAUAUCGAAACAUUGUGAAGGUUUUAGGACCUGAAAUGUUUUUUUGA